AUGUGGACCACAACCUCCGGCCUGAGGGGCAAGAAGCUCCAUCUCGCCAUUACCUUCACCUCCGUUGUUGGAUUCUCACUCUUUGGUUAUGAUCAGGGUCUGAUGUCCGGUAUCAUCUCCGGCGACCAGUUCACUAAGGAGUUCCCGCCUCUCUACGGUGACUCCGAGCACGUCGCCGUCCUGCGUGGUGCCGUCACAGCCUGUUACGAACUCGGAUGCUUCUUCGGUGCUAUCUUCACUCUCGUUUGGGGCCAGAAAAUUGGCCGCACCCCCCUUCUCGUCGCCGGCGGUCUCCUCAUGAUUCUCGGCACUGUCAUUUCCACUGCUGCCUUCGGUCCUCACUGGGGUCUCGGUCAGUUCGUCGUUGGACGUGUUAUCUCCGGUCUUGGAAACGGCAUGGACACUGCUACCAUCCCCGUGUGGCAGUCUGAAUGUUCCAAGGCUCACAACCGUGGUUUCCUCGUCUGCUUCGAGGGUGCCAUUAUUGCCGUCGGUACCUUCAUUGCCUACUGGCUCGAUUUCGGUCUUUCCUACGUCGACAGCUCCGUCCAGUGGCGGUUCCCCGUCGCCUUCCAGAUCGUCUUCGCCAUCGCUGUCACCGUUGGUGGACUUAUGUUGCCCGAAUCUCCUCGUUGGUUCGUCAUGCAGGGUCAUGACCAGGAGGCCCUUGAGGUUCUGGCUUCACUCAACGGCAGUGCUGUCGAUGCCGAGGAUGUACUCGAGGAUUACAACCUGAUGAAAGCUGAUCUCAACGCCCUUCAGGGCAUCGAGGCUAACAGCAGCUGGAAGAUCCUGUUCACUGGAGGUAAGACCCAGAACUUCCAGCGUCUCAUGAUUGGAUGCUCUGGUCAGUUCUUCCAGCAGUUCACUGGUUGCAACGCUGCCAUUUACUACUCCACCCUGCUGUUCCAGCAGAACUUGCACAUGACUGGCAAGCUUCCCCUCGUUCUGGGUGGUGUCUUCGCUACCGUCUACGCCCUCUCCACCAUCCCCUCCUUCUUCAUGAUUGAGAAGGUCGGUCGUCGCAACCUGUUCUUGAUCGGCUUCCUCGGCCAGGGUCUCAGUUUCAUCAUCACCAUGGGCUGCCUCAUCAAGUCGAACGAACAGAACUCCAAGGGUGCCGUCGUCGGUAUCUUCUUGUUCAUCAUCUUCUUCGCCUUUACUACGCUGCCUCUCCCCUGGAUCUACCCUCCCGAGAUCAACCCCCUCCGCACCCGUACCAAGGCCGCCUCCGCUUCCACCUGCACCAACUGGAUCACCAACUUCGCCGUCGUCAUGUUCACCCCCGUCUUCUCUAACCAGUCCGACUGGGGUAUCUACCUGUUCUUCGCGCUGGUCAACUUCGUCGCCAUUCCCUUCGCCUGGUUCUUCUACUGUGAGACCGCCGGCCGUGACCUCGAGGAGGUGGACAUUAUCUUCGCCAAGGCCCACGUUGAGAAGAAAUGGCCCUACAAGGUUGCCCAGGAGCUGCCCAAGCUCACCGUUGCCCAGAUCACACAGAUGCAGAACGAGCUCGGUCUGGAGGCUCCUGACCACCAGAUGGCAGUUCAGGCCGAGAAGGCUGAGAAGGCUAUGAGCAGCGGCAGCGGCAGUGAGACCAAGCACUCUGACUAA